AAUGGCUUUUGUACCUCUCUACUCCUCUCACCAAUAACCCAAUCACUUCUUUGUUGUCGCGGUUAACGCGUGUACACUAAAAAUUUACUGCAUUAUUCGAAAACCGAAAAUCGCAAACACUAAUCUAAACAAACAAUGGGCGUCGACGUUACAUUCCUUGCCGAAGGAGACGGUGCCACAUUCCCAAAACGAGGCCAGACCGUCACCGUGCACUACACAGGUACAUUGACUGAUGGCAAGAAAUUUGAUUCGUCACGAGACCGUAAUAAGCCUUUCAAGUUCAAGAUUGGAAAGGGAGAAGUGAUCAAAGGUUGGGAUGAAGGUGUUGCCCAAAUGAGUAUUGGUUCCCGUGCUAAACUGACAUGUUCACCAGAUUAUGCCUAUGGAGCUCUUGGACAUCCUGGUGUCAUUCCACCAAAUGCUACUUUGAUUUUUGAUGUGGAACUCAUCAAAUGCGAAUAAAAAUGUACACAACACAUGCUAUUAUUACUUCUUAUAUACUUAAAUAAACAAUGCACCUUCAAGACUGACCAAUAUGUUUUUCCCGUCAAACAACUUAAUUGCUAAAUACUAUCAUGAAUUAGUUUUAGAAAAAUAUUAUCUUUACAGAUUUACUAUAGUUACUGAAUUGCCAAAAUUAUCUAUAAGUGAUUUCUAAUUAUUAAUAUAAAUAAUCUACUACUUAAUAGAAUUAUAUUACAAUGCGAUAAAUAUGUAUCUUUUUUUUCUUUUAAAUAAAUUGAAUAAAAUUAUAAUAGGAAACAACGAACAAUAAA